UCCUGGCAGCACUUGAACGCACCAUCUGGCCCCUCCCACAUCCGGUGGGAAACCGCUAUCUGUCAGAAAAAACAACCCCAGCUGAGAACCGCUACACGGACUCACUUUGCUGAAUCCGCCGCUGGUUAGUAAGUGUUUAUCCCUCGGGCUCUGGAGCCUCACCGGACGCACAGAGAGAACAUGUCCGGGCAGAGGUAACCGUACCCCCGUCGCUGCCGCCGCCGCCGCCGCCGCUGCUGCUGCUGCUGCCGCCGCCGCCGCCGCCUCCUCAGCCGGCCGAAGCACGGGGCAGGACGGACAGCCGCAGAUGGAGAGGCCGGGCAGGCUGCUGCUGCUGUCCGAGCUCCGCGUCAGAAGCGCCGCGCACGACGUGAGCCUGAGCCGGUCCCUGCUCACCUGGAAGAGACGGAUCUCCAGCCCGGUGUACCACCCGUUCAGACCCAGGUAUUGUGUUCCUCCGUUCCCUCGUCGACCACGCUCAGCUGUGUAUCACAGUGUGUCAGUGUCAGAGAUCGUCUCUGUCAGAGAGGAAGAGGAGGAUAACAGCAGCAGACGAAGAGACGAUGGCAGCUGGAAAAAGAUCAAAGAGAGAGAGGGAAAGGACUGCAGUCAGGCCUUCACAGUUCUGUACGUGGAGAGGUGUCGGCAGCACCGCUGGCGGUGUGCUGAGGUCACCUUCACGUGUCCAGAGGGGGCGCUGUGUCAACGCUGGGUCAGGAGCAUCAGAGAGCAGCUCGCCGCUAUCACCGGCAGACCCAAACGCCUGCUGGUCUACAUCAACCCGUACGGCGGGAAGCGACAGGGCCAACGCAUCUACGAGCAGAAGGUCGCCCCGCUGUUUGGCGAGGCCGGCGUCUCCGCGGACGUCAUCGUGACGGAGUACGCCAAUCAUGCGAGGGAUCACCUGAGGACGGAGGCGGAGCUGAAGAAGUUUGACGGCGUGGUGUGUGUCGGAGGGGACGGCAUGUUCAGUGAGAUCAUCCACGGGCUGAUCUGGAGGACACAGAUCGACGGCGGUGCUGAUCCAAACUGUCCAGAUGAAACGCUGCUUCCCUGCUCGCUUCGCAUCGGAAUCAUUCCUGCAGGCUCAACAGACUGUAUCUGCUUCGCCACUGUGGGCACCAACGACCCCGUGACCUCUGCAUUGCACAUCAUAGUGGGAGACUCUCAGCCAAUGGACGUUUGCUCAGUUCACCACAACAACACGUUCCUGCGAUACUCCGUCUCCCUGCUGGGAUACGGUUUCUACGGCGACGUGCUAACUGACAGCGAGAGGAAGAGAUGGAUGGGACCAGCCAGAUACGACUUGUCGGGUCUGAAAAUGUUCCUGACUCAUCAUUAUUAUGAAGGAACAGUGUCCUACCUGCCGGCCAGAGGCAUCAUAGGAACGCCGCGAGACAACGCCAGGUGUCGAUCGGGCUGUGUCGUUUGUCAGCACAACGGGCAGCUACUUUCAGAGAGAUCUGAGAGGUACGAGAUGGAUGAAGCAUCAGACAGCGAGAGUGAGGGCAAGUGGAGGACGAUCCGAGGGAAGUUCCUGGCUAUAAAUGCUGCCAGCAUGAGCUGUGCUUGUCCUCGCAGCCCCAAAGGCCUCUCGCCUGCAGCACACCUGGCCGACGGCACCACUGACCUCAUUCUGGUCCGAAAAUGUUCACGCUUCCAUUUCCUCAGACACCUCCUCCGACACACCAGCAAAGACGACCAGUUUGACCUGACCUUUGUUGAGGUCCACCGAGUGCGGCGAUUCCGCUUCACGCCACGUCACUGCCAAAGCGACUCGGAUCUGGAGCUGGACCUGCAGGAGAACAGCAAACGCCAGAUAUUCAGCCAGAUCUGCCGAGACCACCCGGCUUGUGGCUGUGCCCCCCCCUACAGCAGCUGGAACUGCGACGGCGAGAUCCUGACCCACACAGCCAUCGACGUCAGAGCGCACUGCCAGUUGAUCAAGCUGUUUGCACGAGGGAUCGAAGAACCGGCAGUGUUCGAGGAUCUCACCAACCCCUGUGCAAUAUAGGCCCGUGCCUCCAUUAUUCCCUGUCAGACACUGGAGUCGUCUCUCUGUUUUCAGCCGCUGCCUACGUCACUGCUGCCACCGUCGUCACGCAAUAUUCGUCACAUCCUUCACCAGGAGACUCGGCAGGAUUUGCUGUGGCAGAACUUUACUUUCUGGGUCUGAAAGUCCAAAAUAAGUUUCCUUAAAUCGCCCUGAACAUUUUUUAAAUGUAUUCCCUGGAAAGUAGCAGCUUAUUUUAGGAAACAAUCAAAAAUUAUAGACCCGGAGAGUAAAGAUUGACCCUCAGAUUUUGGAUUUGUUGUGGGUGACACUGUUGGUGUUUUGGUGUGAACAGCUGAAUGGUGUCUGGCACCUGAUGUAUUUUUAAUAUUGAACUCCAGUCCCGAAACUGAGACCUGCUCUGUAUGACUGAAUCUUGGUGUCUUGAGGUAACAGAUGUCGCCGGUAACAUUAAACUAAUGUCCAACCAGAAAACAACUUCUAUAAUCGUAAAAAGGUCAAAGCAACAUGGCACCAUUGAUUCAUUGCAUGGCUGCGUUGCCCUGCAUUGCACUGCCUGUAAUAUGGUGUGGAGCGCUGAAGUCCGGUUCUAAGCUCAAGUCUGGUCUCUUUUUGUCUUUGCUCAGACUUGUUUUGAGCCACUUUGGUGUUUUUGACAAGAACUCGUCUUAGAAUAGUUUUAGACUUGUCUCUGUCAUGUGGGUGUUUUGACCUAGACUUGUAAUGAGUCACUGUCACACAAGUAGCUGCCCUAGGACUUGUCUCUGUCUUAUGGUCGUUUCGAAUUGGACCUCUCUCGAUCUUGUGUCCGCUUUGACUCGGCCU